GUUAGUGUAAGAAAUACUAGAUCUCAUCCACAACUACCAUGGGAACUCCAUUCCUGAUAACCAUAGCCACAAUGGCACUACUUUCAUCCCUUGCUAUCGCUUCUGAUCCUAGCCCUUUGCAGGAUUUUUGUGUUGCAAUCAAUGAUCCCAAAAAUGCUGUGUUUGUGAACGGAAAGAUUUGUAAGGACCCAAAGGUCGUGAACGCCAAUGAUUUCUUCUUUCAGGGACUGAACGUACCUCGAAAUACAGCAAAUCGACAAGGUUCUAAUGUUACUGCUGUGAACGUCAACAAUCUAGCUGGGCUCAACACUUUGGGAGUUUCCCUAGCUCGUCUCGAUUUCGCUCCUUAUGGCCUAAACCCACCCCAUACUCAUCCUCGUGCAACCGAGGUCCUAUUCGUGUUAGAGGGCACUCUUAAUGUUGGGUUUGUCACUUCAAAUCCACCAAAUAACAUGAAAAAUCAACUCUUUACGAAAACGUUGAAUCCAGGAGAUGUUUUCGUGUUCCCUGAAGGUCUGAUUCACUUCCAAUUUAAUGUUGCGAAGACGAAUGCUGUUGCAUUUGCUGGUUUUGGCAGCCAAAAUCCAGGAGUCAUUACUAUUGCAAAUGCAGUCUUUGGAUCAGAUCCUCUCAUUUCUGCAGAUGUUCUCGCCAAGGCAUUCCAAGUCGACAAGAAAGUCAUUGACUUACUUGAGGCACAGUUUUUGAAAUGAUCCAUGGAUUUGUUCUAAAUUUCUACUAGCAUGACUCUUGUGCUAUAUAUGCACAGGGCAUUGUAAUGAUUGAUUUGUAAUACUACUUUAUUAAAUGUA